AUGUACUUUGAGGAAAUUACUACAUUAGCUGACGUACACUCGAACGGUCUGUUUAUAUUUUUUGAAAUGCACUUUGAUCUUCUUAGAAUCCACCACCUGCAAGAAGAGGAAACGCUUAGCAAGUAUUACGAAGCACAUCUAAUAAGAUACUUGAUGAGCGUUUUGCAAGCGAACAUGUGGGGACAGUUUGGUGCUCUUCUUUGCCUGUUCAUGUUGGUGCCUGAUGCAGAAUCUACAAUCGCCCUGCUCAAACCCGUUCCAAACGGAAUGCAGGUAUGGUGGGAUGAUCCCGUGAUGCCCACUGCGGAGUUCCUUCUCACAUGGCAAAAAGAAGGCAGCAACAAGGUUGAAGGUCACAAAUUCAUCGAACGAAAUGCGAGAAACUACGUCGUCAAAGGACUUGAAGACUGUCAGAUGUAUACCUUUAACCUGAUUGCAAUGGACUGGAAAUAUCGACAAUUUGGUGCAGGGAGAAAAUCUGGAAUGACAGGAAACUGUCCCUCAGAGCUUGAAGAAGGCGAACUUGACAUGAGCACAUAACUACCUACUACUCUUGUCCUAUCAGUAGUGAUGUUGUGUCCCGUACGUCUAUUCAUUUUUCGCCAUAUUGUCCCUAUGUAUGACUGUUUAUGAGAAUUAUUUAAAUAAAUUUC